AUGCUGCCUACAAUAUGGACAUACUGGAAUAGCAGCUUUCUUGAUUCAGAUACCUACUGGGGUGAUCAGGGCUAUUACUCUGGUGCUGGUGCCUAUGUCGACCUGUCGAGAAACCUAGAAAAGACCACACAAAUCAUCAAAGAUCUCUUCGAAAACCUAUGGCUUGAUCGAGCCACCAGAGCUGUUUUCCUCCAGUUUACGUUAUACAAUCCUAACAUGAACAUCUUCUGCACAUGCAGGUCAGUAACAGGUCGUCUGCGCCCACUGUUUUUGGACAGAAAUGUUUGUAAAUGGGAUACUUGUCGUUUAUUUCCGUGA